GAAGAUAAACCCUUGAUUUGUAUAACUCAGACUGCCAAUGCCUCAUUCACUUAAGCUGAAAAAUGUAACUUUACACUGAACUAAUGCUGGAUUAUGUUCCACAUCACAAGAUGAAGGUCUCUUUGUGGCCAAUAUGGAUAGGAGGAAGAAUUACAGCAACCAAUCAUCCUUACUGGCAUGUCACUGAGAGAUAAUUGAAACAUUUGAACCCAUUCUUUAAUAUUUUACACUUUACAGCGUUAUUUAUUUUAACAUAAGAUGUAUGGGGGGGGACAUACACCAAUAUAUUGAAAUUAUCGCUAGGCCUCCGAGUUAACCAUAAACAGGAUUCCUUUUAAUUCUUAGCAACUUGCUUGAUUACAGUCCCACUGCUAAUUGGUGCUUGCCAGUUGAUUGAGUGGUGACAGUCCAGCUGCAUAUGCUGCCUGUGUUCUCUCGCAUGUGCUUGCACACUUGGUCUGGGGCAUAAGGGUGUUAAUGGAUUACUGAAAGGUGUUGACUCAGGUGUGUGUGUGUCUGAGGGUAGCACAGCGCGCACAGUGUAUUGGGAUCUAGUUGAGACACCAGCCUCAAGGUCCCAUUCCUCUCUCAUGCUCCCUCUGCCACUACUCUGUGAUCUGUCUCCUGUUUUCUUACCUUUGCUUCAUCCUGUUACUACCUCACCCUUGCACAUUAGCGGGCGCCAUUUAUCCUCUGCCUCUGGUUUCUCUUUGCAAUGUCCCCUCUCUGCAUUGCUUAACAGUCAUCUACCCUCAACAUGGAUAUCGGAGGACUGACCACAGUGGUAGCAAAUUCUGCUUACAUCAAUGCUCGUGGGAGCAUCGAUGGCUCUAACCCAGCAGCAGCCCGGGAUAAGAAGUACCAUUCUCGCCUCAAACUGCCCCACAUCACUGUGUGUGAGGGCCUGAGGGACACCCUGGAUUUGGCCUUUGACUCAGUCUGCGUGGAGCAGCCUAUUGGCAAACGCCUCUUUAGGGAAUUCUUGAAUGCUAAUCAAGAGUAUCAUGGGGCUUGCCGUUUGUGGAAAGACAUCGAGGACUAUGACAUGGCGGAGGAUUCUGAAAGGGUGAAGAAGGCCUCAAAGAUUGUCCAGCGUUACAUGGACCCCUCUGCCAAACACUACUGCCCGUUCCUGCCUGAGGACAUCAUAGUGAAGGUGAAGGAAGGCCAGGAGGCUGUAGCAGAUGAUUUGUUUGCUGCAGCAUUGACCACGACGUUGGACUAUCUGCGGGCCGCCCCCUACACUUUCUUCCUGGAGAGCAUGUAUCUGAAGAGGUUCCUGCAGUGGAAGUGGCUGGAGAUGCAGCCCAUGGAUGCAGACUGGUUCCUAGAUUUCCGUGUGCUGGGGAAAGGUGGGUUUGGGGAAGUGUCUGCCUGUCAGACGAAAGCCACAGGAAAACUGUAUGCCUGUAAGAAACUCAACAAGAAGAGACUGAAGAAGAGGAAAGGCUAUGAGGGGGCGAUGGUUGAGAAGAGGAUUCUUGCGAGGGUUCACAGUCGCUUCAUUGUGUCAUUGGCGUACGCCUUCCAGACAAAGGAAGAACUUUGUCUGGUCAUGACCAUCAUGAAUGGAGGAGACCUCAAGUACCAUAUCUACCUGGUGGAUGAGAACAACCCAGGGUUUGAUGAGCCCAGAGCCUGUUUUUACAUUGCUCAGAUCAUCCAAGGCUUGGAGCACCUCCACCAGAAAAGAAUCAUCUACAGAGAUCUCAAACCAGAAAAUGUGCUGCUAGAUAAUGAUGGGAACGUGCGCAUAUCUGACCUGGGUCUUGCUGUGGAGCUAAAAGAAGGAAAAACAAUGACCAAAGGAUAUGCUGGGACACCAGGCUACAUGUCUCCAGAGAUGCUGAAAGGAGAGAAGUAUGACUAUUCUGUCGACUACUUCACUCUGGGAGUGACACUGUUUGAGUUCAUGGCUGCUAAGAACCCAUUCAGAAACAGGGGGGAAAAGGUUGAACGUGAGGAGAUGAAAGAGCGCAUGCUGACCCGGGUGGUGGAAUAUCCAGAGAAUUUCAGUGCGAAUACAAAGUCCCUCUGUGAUGGCCUUCUAGCCAAAGAAGUAAAUCAGAGGAUGGGUUUUAAGAAUGAAUGCUGCGAUGAGAUCAGAGCGCACCCAUUUUUCAGUGGCAUCAACUGGAGGAAACUGAAUGCAGGUAUUCUACCUCCUCCUUUUGUCCCUGACCCUAAAGUGGUGUACGCUAAAAGUCUGGAUGACGUUGGGGCUUUCUCCUCAGUGAAGGGAGUGACCUUGGAUGAUCCUGACAAGACCUUUUUUGACGAGUUCUCCUCAGGCAACAUCCCCAUCCCCUGGCAAGAGGAGAUGAUCGACAUGGGCAUUUAUGGAGAGCUCAACGUUUGGGGUCCUGAAGGCAGCAUCCCCAACGACCUCCGCAGGGAGUCCAUACUAGAGCAGCCAAAGUCAUCAACCUGCUGCAUAUCGUAGAGUCAUUGAAACACCUUAAAAAUACAUCAACCAUACAGUGUACAGACUUGUAGUUUUCUAGAACAUGUGGCAUGAGGACUCAAAUACUCAGGACAGACACAAGUCUCUUUUCUGAUUAAAGUGUCAGACUGAGACUCUAAACCUUUAUUGGUGAGUGCAGGAAACAACAGAAUGGAGGUGGAUUUUCAACCUGGAAUGGGCUUAAGCAUAAAUUUAGUUUGGAAAAAAAGAAAGUAUUCAUCGUCUUUGUCCCCUCUCUCUCUCUGUUUAAUUUCUUCUCUUUGUGUGUGCAUGUGUUAAAUCAUUGUAAUGCUUUUAGAUUUAAAAUGCAUUUGAAGUCACUUUUUUAAGCAGAAGUUUAGUUUUGUGGUAUGUUUGGUGCUAAGUGACAUGUUGAACAUGUAAAAUGUUUAUAUGGUAAAUGUGCUCCUUUAGAUGUAUGCCAUUUAAUGAAAAGUGAUUCUGUUCAUUUAUGAGUUUACUGUCCUUAGUUUUGACUAUACACAGCUAAUUGAAUUGCUGCUGUUGAAAUACUAAAAGCUAAGACAACAGAAACGCAAAGUUUCAUGAUUUUGGAAAAUAUUUUCUUAUGUUUAUUUCAUGAUUCAUCAUUGACUCCCUGCACAAAUAGCCAACCUUUCAUAAAGGUUUAUGUAGUGUCGUUGAGACAAAUUUGAAUAUAGAUAAUUUUAACAGCAAAUCAAUUUAAUUUUCAAAACAAAUUGUUUAGCAAAAGUGGAAUAAAGUCAGACAUCAAAUGUAUGAAAAGUUACUGGCAAAUAAAAGUUACUGGCAAAUAAAAUAGCUUAUUGAAAUAGAAA